UCGUGAACGUGAACUCUUACGACGUCGCAUGGACGAGAUACUGACUGAUCGAGCUGCAAGACGACGUGAGGUUCGGAGGAAAUUUAUAGAUGAUGCUAUUGAAUACUAUGAAGAUCAGAUAGGAUUUUCAAUUAGUAAUGAGUCUCAAUGGAAUCUAAUGUCAGCUAUGUAUUACUCUGGCACACUUUUCACCACCAUAGGAUAUGGAGAUAUUGCUUGUGUUACGGUAGCCGGACGCAUACUUACCGUAAUCUAUUCCUGUAUUGGUAUACCACUUAUGCUUAUAACACUGAACGAUCUUGGAAAAUUUCUGUACAAUAAUAUCAACGGUUGCGUAAAGAACAUUGAAGACUUCGGUACAUAUUUG